AUGGUAGACUCGACAAAGACCCAUGGUGCAGUGGCUGCUGCGCCGACACCAACCGUUGAGAUUGUGAAGCAGCCAGGUGGUCGUCCGGACCAAAAGCACCACAAUGGUGAAAUGGACCGACUCAAGUCGGAGAUAGACCAGACACACGCCAAGAUCGCGCAGAUCCGUGCUGCCCUGUCUGGUGAAUCGCUGGCUGAUUCCCCAUCGGGUAAGCGCCGAAGUGCUCUGAAGGAUGAGCUCACGGCACUGCGUAAUCAGCAGGCUGGCCGUAAGGGCACUCGUGGCAAGGUGUUUGACGAGCUAAAGCAGGUGCAGGACGACAUCGCGCACAAGAUCAAGGCACUGCAACAGGCCAAGUCGAAGGCUCCAUUCAAGUCUGUGUCGGAGCUGGACGCUCAGGUGGCGCAGAUUGAAGCGCAAAUCGAGUCCGGCUCUAUGAAGAUUGUCGAGGAGCGCAAGGCGCUAAAUGACAUCUCGACGCUGAAAAGGUCGCGCAAGUCUGUGGAACAGUUCGGCGAGCAACAAAAGGAGAUCGAUGAGCUCCGCGCCCAUGUGGCUGACCUGCGCUUGUCGCUUGACGAUCCCGAAAUGGCAGCGGCCAACAAGCGCUACGAGGAGAUCAAGGCGGAGAUGGACGAGCUGUCCAAGGAGCAAGAAAAGUUGUUUGGCAACCGUGGCAAGCUACUGUCGCAGCGCACGGCGCUGUCUAAGCACCUCGACGAGCUGUACCAGGCCCGCCGUGACCGUCUCACUGCGUACCACGCCGAGAACGACAAGUUCUUUGCGCGUGUGCGUGCGGAACGCGAGCGUCGUCAAGAGGCUCAGCGAAAGGAGCGCGAAGAAGCCGACAGGAUGCGUCAGGAGGCCGAGAUCCAGGCUCUGCGUGAGGAUGCCGCGCUGCCUGCGUUCGCCAAGGAAAUUGAGGAUUGCGAUGUGCUGAUCCGCUAUUUCAGUGGUGCAUCCGAAGAAGACACGAAGGGGGAGAAUGUGACACAGUCCGCGUCCAACUCGCAGCCCGAGGUGCCUAAACCGGAUGCGACUGUGCCGGAGGGCGCUGUUGUGGCUCGCAAGAAGGGCGAUGAAGAUGACUACUUUGCCGGCACGGGCACGGGCAAGAAGAAGGGCAAGGGUAAGAAGAGCGGCCAGCAGGCGGCCAAGGCGCACGGCAGCGACGAGGCUGGUGGCGCGUUCAACGUGCCGUUUGGCAUGCUGUCAGCCCUGCUGAGCCUGAGUAUCCCGCCGCCCACGAACCAGGCUGACGUUCCGCGCCUCGUGGACAACAUCAAGCUGAAGCGCGAGUACUUUGUGUCGAACCAGCCGCAUCAGACACAGGAAAAUAUGCGGAAGGUCGAGGAGAAGAUUGCGGCCUUGCAGGCCAAGACGGCCUCGAAGGAGACGCCUGCGGCGGCCUAA